UUUAAGCUUAGCCAAGCUAAUUCAAACCAAAAUAUAUUCCUUUUCCCUUUUUCCUAUUUUAAAUUAUCCUCCAAGAAUUUAAGCUGCCAACUUCUCUUAUCUCUUUCCUUCAACAGUUUGCUCGCCAGAGAGUGGGAAAGAGAUGAUGAGUUUCUGCACCCAAAUUUCGCUCAAAAAUCACACCAUCUUGAAACCCAACCAAAAUCCUCUUCUACUGACAGAUUCUACCUUACUAGUGCGAGUUUCUUGUACCAGAAAAAGAAAUUGCUUAAAUACAACAAGGGCUUUACUUUCUACUACCAAAGAGACUGUUUUGAGGGAUUUCCAUGAAAAAAGAGCUCUAAAAAUCAUUUCAGGCUUACAGAAUUUGGACAGAGAUAAUGUUGCUUCUGUUAUUACCGCUGCAGAUAAGGGAGGGGCAACUCACGUGGAUAUUGCCUGCGACCCAGAGUUGGUGAAGCUUGCAAUUAGCUUGACUUCUCUUCCGGUUUGUGUUUCUUCUGUAGAUCCGAUGGCAUUUCCAGCUGCUGUUGAAGCAGGAGCCUUGAUGGUGGAAAUCGGAAAUUAUGACUCAUUCUAUGAGAUGGGCUUGACUUUCUCACCAGAGCAGGUACUGAAAUUAACAAGGGAAACUAAGAGGAUUCUUCCAUCCAUCCCGUUAUCAGUCACAGUGCCUCAUACACUAAGCCUUCCUGACCAGAUCAAGCUAGCAGAGCUGUUAGAGCAAGAAGGUGGUGACAUUAUUCAGACCGAAGGUGGAAAGUAUUCUAGUCCAUCAAAGGCCGGUAUCCUUGGGCUAAUCGAAAAGGCAACCCCAACACUUGCAGCAGCAUAUUCUAUUUCUAGGGCAGUUAGGAUGCCGGUAAUGUGUUCAUCUGGAUUAAGCUCAGUCACAGCACCAAUGGCAAUCGCAGCAGGAGCUUCAGGCGUGGGUGUGGGUUCAGCAGUAAACAAACUCAACAACGUCGUUGCAAUGAUUGCAGAGGUGAAAAGCAUAGCUGAGUCAUUUGCAUUUUCAAACUCGAAAAGAGAUGCAUCUGAAGAGAGCAAUUUGAGACUAUGAUCAGAUGGAGUCUCUAAAGGAAUGGAUUUUAAGAGAUCUCAAAUAGGGUUUGGCUGUGAAUGGGAUCUUGAGAAGAUCUUAAAAGGCCGUUUGAUACAAGGAGAAAUAUAACACAUCUAAAUUCUUGAUUAUAUUCCUUACGAAACAUGCCAUUAAGUCGAAUUUCCUUGUAGCAAUAACACGUUGUAAUGAACAUCCCUUGAGCAAUCCCAGAGUGAUAUUUUCUAUUUUUGGUGAA